UGAGUGAACGCAACGGUCUCUUGAGAAGGAGUGUUGGCAGGCGGCGGUCCGUGCCUCGCUAUUUCCUUCAUUUCCCGCAACAUUUGGCGUCCACUUGUGUCGCCAGCGCCAGGAAGCACCAGCCAGCACCCCAGCACGCUAUAGACAUGGUGGAGCAGGUGGCAGACUUUGAGGAGGGUGGGGAGGAGGUGGUGGGGCCCGUGGCGGGGGCGGUGGUGGAGGCCCCGGAGCUGCCGGAGAUUAAGCUGUUCGGCAAGUGGUCCCUCGAUGAUGUACAGCUCAACGACAUGUCCCUCCAGGACUACAUCGCUGUCAAGAAGUACUAUGCCAAGUAUCUGCCACACUCAGCGGGCCGGUACGCUGCAAAGAGGUUCCGCAAGGCCCAGUGUCCCAUCGUGGAGCGUCUCACCAACUCUCUUAUGAUGCACGGACGGAACAAUGGCAAAAAACUCCUCGCUGUUCGGAUCGUCAAGCAUUCCUUCGAGAUUAUCCACCUGCUCACUGGGGAGAACCCGGUACAAAUCGUGGUGAAUGCUAUCAUCAACUCUGGGCCCCGCGAGGACUCCACCCGCAUUGGGCGCGCUGGAACAGUCCGUCGGCAGGCUGUGGACGUGUCGCCGCUCAGGAGGGUCAACCAGGCUAUCUGGCUCCUGACCACCGGGGCACGCGAGGCAGCCUUCAGGAACAUCAAGACUAUCGCUGAGUGUCUUGCUGACGAGCUCAUCAACGCCUCCAGGGGCUCCUCCAACAGCUACGCCAUCAAGAAGAAGGAUGAGCUGGAACGUGUCGCCAAGUCCAAUCGUUAAGACCCUCCUUGUACCACUAUAGGGGAAUUAAAACUGUGACUGAC